AUUUACUUCCGGAAAUAUUUUUUUAAAUUUAUCUAAAAUUCCGGCAAAUAUGUCACCAAAUGUAGCGAAUAUAGGAAGGAAUUAGUCUACCUGAAUGGCGUGAUAUAUAGGAGGUAAAUACAAGAGAUCAGAGGUUAUCAUAGCUCCACUACUAUAUAACUAAGAUAAGAUAGAAUGGCCUAACGAUAAAUGAUCUUUAUGCUAAGAUACCUGGAUCUUAAUAUUGACACGAUGACCUGAAUAGAUACCAAAUCAACCAAGAAGAGUUGUCACACAGGAGCGACAUUAACUAUCAUGGAACGGAACUUGCAGUAAGCAUUCAAAAUGUCCGCUAUACGCAGGUAUAUGUUGGGUUGUGUAAGUAGUCGUGGUCAUGAAACUCCUACAAGAAACACAUUGCCCCAGACACAACAGAAACCUAUCAAGGUUAGGUUUGGAGUACCAGUAGAAGAAGCAUUCAAGGGUGGCAUCAUUCCAGAGGCUUUAGUGAAACUACUAGCCUACAUUGCCACAGAGGGUAUGACAGUCUCCGAUCUGUUCAGAAGACCAGGAAACCCUAUAGAUGUGAAAACUGUCUCAUUUAAACUGGCCGAGGGAAAGCCAGUAGACUUUACAGAAUACAAUUUCUAUACAUUAGCAUCAGUUGUUAAAAAAUUCCUCUUGAAGUUGCCGGGGGGCAUAUUUGGGGAGGACACAGAACAAGACCUUCUCUCAGUCUUAGAUCUCUCACAUACUUUACAGAAAUAUGACGCCAUUCACACGAUCAUUGAGGGACUACCAACCACUGUCCAAUAUUUCCUCUCCCUGCUAUUUGGCACAUGGUUCCGUGUGAUUAACCACUCAGAAUACAACUGCAUGACGGCAGAGGCAUUAGCGAAGAGCGUGGCAGGAAGCGUCUUCCACACAUGUGCUGAUGACCCUCAAAAGGUUGACCGUGCAGUGCAAGUUCUCCAAAUCCUUAUAGAUAAUUUCGGAGUUGCGAAUAUGUUUGGAAAGAAGAAUAUCCAAUAUUUUGCCGAUAUGACUCAAACCGGUAUAAGGGUACAGGAGAAGUUCAGAUAUGAGUAUCGUUACCCAUCAGAUGCUUCAGUUCCUCUAUGUUCAGAAGAGGAACUCUUAUGCUCUGGAAGAAGGGGACCCAAAGGCUGCUCUAUGGAUCGCUCAGACACAGAUACCAUUCCACGUAUGGGACAUCGGCCCCUAGAGCCCCGUAACUCUAUCAAACAAAUGGCAAAUAUGUCAACACUCUCGGCUCCAGAGAUGUUUAACCCAAAGAGAAAUCUCAUACGGGGUGAUCGGGAAAGUUCCCCACAUGAACUCCACCAGUCCAUCAGUUUAACCAGGUUUGAAAAUGUCAAGAAAAAACAAAUGGCGCGUAUGAAGAGACGUUCUAAUUGGUUCCUGAUGGAGCCGCGUCCUAAACUGAACAUGUCUCUUUUGGGGGAUACCCCUGAUCGAGAAACUUCUGUCGGGAAAUCCUCAUUGAACACUGCAUCAUCAGAUAUGUUAGCGUCUGACGGUGGAGAAGGCAAUUUAUCGGGGACGGAGCUAGAACAUCAGGCAUCGGACGGUGAGAGUGUCUUCACCGAGGAUCAUGAUCAUCAUGAAUUUCUAGAUACACCAGCAUCGGAACCUGCACGAUCUCAUCAUAACACACAGGUUCAUUGGACGGACCCAAGCCAGGGUAUAAAUGGCAAGAGCACGGAUAGUUUAUUAGAAAAACAUUCACCGCCCAAGGAUAUUCGGUAUGAAGAUAGUUUGACUGAAUCGGAGGUGCGUUAUUACGUCGUGGAUACAUGGUACGGGAGUAAAGAGGACAUGUUGGAAAAUAGUGACGUCAGUCGAGAAGUAUCGAGCUGA